CUCCGGAGAGUAGUCGCUUCAAAGAACGCGCGGGAAUGCGACCAACUUUGAACGAUUCGCAACGGUUUGAACGGUUCUAUUUUUAAAAUAAUUCAUUCAACAUUUAAUGACAGAUAAUAUAGUUAUUGAAUAAAAAUAAUAAAAGUAAAAAUAAAUCAAAAACACGAUUAAAAAAGUAUUACAAUUUAAAAAGUUUAGUUGCGGUUGUUAUAGAGUGAGUUUUAUAAACUGUAUGAAUAUUUUGGCUGAUCACUUUGAUCCGUAUGCAAUAUAAUUAUUUUGGGAAGGCGAGAAAGAUAAGUUCGUAAAGUUUGAAUGAUUUACGAUGCGGCCGCGACGCUGUGGAAAAUUUUAACCUGCAUUUGUCUCUUUUCGAUGGCAAAAUGUAUACACAGUCAAAUUUAAGCACGUCGAUGUUCGAGUUCAACUCGUCGGAGAGCGAUUACACGCCAUACAAAGAGCGCGUUGAGACCUAUUUGGUUCCGAUCAUAUUUGCUAUCAUUUUCAUCGUAGGCGUUCUCGGUAAUGGCACACUGGUUGUGGUGUACGUUAGACAUAGAGGAAUGCGAAAUGCACCGAACACAUACAUAUUUUCCCUCGCGUUAGCAGAUUUACUCGUGAUUCUAAUCUGCGUGCCCUUUGUGUCGGUCAUUUAUACACUUGAAUCGUGGCCGUGGGGCGAAGCCAUUUGCCGGAUAUCGGAGACGGGGAAGGAUAUAAGUAUCGGAGUAUCCGUGUUCACUCUCACCGCGCUAUCGGCUGAGCGAUACUGCGCCAUUGUCAACCCCUUUAGAAAGCUUCAGCUACGCAAGCUGCCUUUGGUGUGUGCGACAAUUAUAUGGGCCGCUGCACUUAUAUUUGCAGCACCGGCAGCGAUUUUUUCCAGCAUAAUCACAGAAGAUAUCGACAGCAAUGUCUCUAUUGUUUAUUGCUCCCCAUAUCCAGCCGACUGGCAUAAUUAUUCCAAAUGGAUGACACUAACGAAGGCAAUCGUUUACUACGCUUUACCGCUUCUAGUGAUUGCAUUCUUUUAUUCUUUAAUGGCGCAACGCCUAUUGGCGAGUACUAAGGAGAUGCCGGGUGCGCUACACGGCGGACAAGGCGAAGCUCAGGCCAAGGCGAGAAAGUCGGUCGCUUGUAUGGUCUUGAUAUUUGUCAUUGUAUUUUUCAUUUGUUUCUUACCGUAUCACGCACUGGAAGUAUGGUUCUACAUGUCGCCGACAGCCCAAAGCGACUAUAAUGACUGGACCCACGCUCUCCGAAUAAUCGCUUUCUGUCUAAGUUUUCUCAACUCCUGCGUUAAUCCGGUCGCCUUAUACUGCGUGAGUGGCGUCUUCAGACAGCACUUCAACCGAUAUCUCUGCUGUCGCCGAGGCGCCCUCCAUCCAACUUGCAGUUCUAGAUUGUCCAGAACGGCCAUAUGCGAGACGUCCUUUAGAAGCACUCAACGCCAUCGCUGUAAUAGGAAUCCGACGGAAAGUGUCGUCAUAUCUAACUACGACUACGGUAGCUCAAAGAAAAAGAAUAACAUCAUAUCCAGGAACAGCACGGAUGGUGUCACGAUCAUGACCGUCAGGGACUCCAGUGAUUUCAUCACGGAUGUCAACGAGAAAUGCAUAGAUAGAUAAAUCUAAAUAUAGAUAAAAUAUCAACAAUCGUCAUAUUAUUGUACUAAAUAUUAUAAGCCUUUAAGUAUUUCAAGAUAAUAUGACCAGAAACAAAAAAA